AUGUUCAAAUAUACCAUUGUUUUGUUUGCCCUCGUUGCCUGUGCUGCUGCCAAACCGGGUCUCAUUGGAGCUCCCUUCGCCUACCAUGCUCCAGUUGUUGCCGCUGCACCCGCACCAGUUAUCACCGCCACCAGCAGUCAAGUUGUGGCCCGCACCCACAAUGGUAUUGUACGGGCACCCAUUGUAGCUCCUGUGGCACCCAUUGUACCACGUGUAUUUGCACCAGCUCCAGCACGUGUUAUCGCUCCCGUUGCUGCUCCCAUUCCAGCUGCCUAUCAUCAUGCCAAAUAUGCUGCAGCUCCAGUAGUUGCCCGUUAUGCUGCCCCUGUUCCCCAUUUCCAUGCUCCUUUGGUAGCUAAAUAUGCUGCCCCAACUCCAUUGGCAUACAGUGCACCUUUGGCUUAUCCUUCACCCUUGGCAUAUGCUCCUCAAUAUGCCUGGUAA